GACAGGGGCGUUUCCUGCGGCCCGCCCCGGCGGGGGCGGGACUUCCUGCUCCGUGGAGGCGAACGUCAUCCGCCGGUGCCGGAUGGGUCGUACCGGUCUGUGCGGCUUCGAGCAGUGGUGGGCAGGGCGCCUUUAUGAGGCGCGAGCGGAGAAGGCGGUGUGGAGCGUGGGUCUUACCUCCGCGUCCUUGUACGAGCCUGAUACCCGCCCCUCAUUCUCUAUAACGGGGUGUCACGUGAGCGCCUGCUGUCCCUGCAGCCCUGGGCCUCGAGCGCGCUUCACAGCGGGGAAACUGAGGCUGGGAGUGAGACCGUCAGCCGAGCUCGCCCCGCUCUGGGGCCCCUCGGCCGCCACCCCCUCCCCGGGUCCCGCUCUGUGCACAGGGUCCCACGAUGGCGGCGGCGUGGAUGGCCCCUGCGCGGGUGAGUGGACGACGCUGUGGGUAUUGCAGCCUGUCUGCUGCGGAGAGGGCUUCUGGGCAGCCGGAGGCUAGGAAGCCGUUCGCUUGCCUUUUCUCCCUGUCGUUUGUGUACAGCGCGCGUCGCUAGCUUGUCGUUUUAUUGUCCGUAGUCCUGCGGCAGUGCCGGAGUUCCGACAAGUGUUUGGUCAGUGCCGGGAAGGUGAAAGUGAUGCUUCCUUCCGCGGGCGUCCGUCACUCACAGAUCCAGCCCGCCCCGGGACCUGCAGGUGCCCACCCGGCCCUCCCGCCGACCUCCUGGACCUUGCCUUCUUACCCGGGGGCGCGGUUCUCCGGACACACCAGCCUGACCAUGCUGAGUUCAUCCCCCAGCCCUUGUCCUUGCCCUGCCCUGUGCCCGCGAUUCUGCCCCUUUGACUCUGGCGGGAGGGAGGGGGGGUCUUCCUCUCACAUCCUUCUGGCCUCUGCUCAGAUGUCACGCAUUUGGACAGAACUGCCCCAGCAGUUCAGGCCGAAGUGGCCCCUUCCCUGCUUGACCAUCAUCUGGCAUUUUUGUGUAGGAAACCUGGCAAAAUUAAAUAAGGGUUCCUGGUUGAAUAUGUCUGGGAUGUUGUGGGAGCAAAGAGAAAACAGUGGCAGAGGAACCAUAAUCGCUGGCCUUGGUUAAUUUUUGCUGUGGGUUGAAGGGCAGACCUAACAUUUCACCUCUUUUAAUCCUCACCUCCUCUGAGUUAAGUUCUGUUAGUAUUGCUGUUUUGAGUGAAAACAACUUGAGGCUUAGAGAGUUCAGUUAUUUGCCCAAAUUCACUGCAGCUCUUUUUUCUUUUUAAUGUUUUACUUAUGUUUGAGAGAGAGAGAGUGCGAGCCAGGGAGGGGCAGAGAGGGGGACAGAGGAUCCGAAGUGGGCUCCGUGCUGACAGCAGCAAGCCAGAUGUGGGGCUCAAACUCACAAACCUUGAGAUCAUGACCUGAGUUGAAGUCAGACACUCAACCGGCAGACACCCAGGCGCCCCUCCCUGCUGCUCUUAAGUAGCAGAAACAAUCAGUGUGUCAGCCACCACAGCCUGUAUUUGUACCCCCUUCUGUACAAAACGCAUAUAGGGAUACCUGGCAGUGACACGGAAACAUUGCAAGCCAAGCAGGCUUCCUUGGAGUAGGCAGUUUGGGCAGAAGGUGGGAAUAUGGCAUUUCAGCAGGUGGAAGUGUGUGGACAAAAAAAGGUAUAUUUGUUUCAGGAGUCCGCAGAAGACCUGUGUGAUUUCCAUGGCCCCCCGCCCCCAUCUGUCGAGACCUGCCCUGGGAGGGCCAGCCUCUGUGAUCAGUUGCUGACUGUUCCAUCAUAGACUCUGCCAGGACAGACAGAUGUAAAUCGGAGGCUGUUCUCAUGGCCGCAGCCUGCUUGCAUCGUCCUCAGCAGCUUCCGUUCUCUGGGCCUGAAGUAGUCUUUCCUCAGGGAUGGGUGCCUCGAGGACCCAGGCAGGCGGGUUUGAGUUCCGGCAGAGUCGCCAAAGGAAAGGAAAGAAGACUCCAGUAGGAAAAAGAAACAAUGGCUCAUUGUGGAUUCUCCCUGGCAGUCUGAGGAGCAGAAGGCAUUGGCACCUGAUCCGGGCCCUGCCCCUUCCCAAGCAGAUGCCACCACCUCAGAUGCUGGUGACCUUCGAUGAUGUGGCCGUGACUUUUACCCAGGAGGAGUGGGGGCAGCUGGACCCGGCCCAGAGGACCCUGUACCAGGAGGUGAUGCUGGAAACCUGCAGGCUCCUGGUCUCUCUGGGCUGUCCUCUACCCAAACCAGAGCAGAUCUACCCACUGGAGCGGAGCCCAGAGUUAUGGACACUGCAGAGAGGCCUCUCCUCUAGCAACUGCCCAGGUGACAAUAUAAAACCUGAGACCACCGAGCCUUCCCCUUCUCACCUUGCCUUGUCUGAGGAAACCUCACCACGGGAGCAAAUGACUUCACGAGCCCCAGGGUACUCCCAGCUUGGGCAAGGCAAGAGUCAGGAUAGGCCAUCAGAAAUGCUGGAAGGCCAGUUGGAACCAGGAACAGACCCCCUGAUGGAAAAGCUCCCUGGAAACAUGAAGCCCGAACAUGAUGGUUUAGGGACAGAUGAUCGUCUACACUCAAGGAUUGUACAGGAGCUGAUCCCUGCGGGACAUGUCCUCCAUGAACGUGACUCACGGGGACCACUGAAAGAUCCCUUGAUUCGUGAAGGGAGACGUCCCUAUAAGUGUGCGGAAUGCGGGAAAGUGUUUACCAAGAACUGCUUUCUUGUUCGACACGAGCAGGUUCACACUGGAGUGAAGCCCUAUGAAUGCACCGAGUGCGGGAAAACUUUUAGCAAGAGCACACACCUCCUCCAGCACCACAUGAUCCACACGGGGGAGAGGCCCUACGAGUGCAUGGAGUGCGGGAAGGCCUUCAACCGCAGGUCGCACCUCACGAGGCACCAGCGGAUUCACACUGGGGAGAAGCCUUAUAAGUGCAGCGAGUGUGGAAAGGCCUUCACCCACCGCUCCAAUUUAGUCUUGCAUAACAGGAGCCACACUGGAGAGAAACCCUUUGUGUGCAAAGAAUGUGGAAAAGCCUUCCGAGAUAAGACAGGUUUCCUUCGACACUACAUCAUCCACACAGGAGAGAAGCCCUUCGAGUGCCUGGAGUGCGGGAAGGCCUUCAACCGCCGCUCACACCUCACGUGGCACCAGCAGAUUCACAGUGGAGUGAGACCCUUUGAAUGCAACGAAUGUGGGAAAGCCUUUUGCGACAGCACAGACCUCAUUCAGCACUAUGUCAUCCACACGGGGGAGAAGCCCUACAAGUGCCUGGAGUGUGGGAAGGCCUUCUACCGCCGGUCACACCUCAAGCAGCACCAGCGGAGUCACACCGGCGAGAAGCCCUACGUGUGCGGUGAGUGUGGAAAGGCCUUCACCCACUGUUCCACUUUCAUCUUGCACAAAAGGGCCCACACCGGAGAAAAACCCUACGAGUGCAAAGAAUGUGGGAAAGCCUUUAGCAAUCGGUCAGAUCUCAUCCGACACUUCAGCAUCCACACUGAGGAGAAGCCCUACGAGUGCAUGGAGUGCGGGAAGGCCUUCAACCGCCGCUCAUACCUCACGAGGCACCAGCGGAUUCACAGUGGAGAGAAGCCCUAUGAGUGCGUGCAGUGUGGCAAAGCCUUUUGCCAGAGGGCAAACCUCAUUCGACACGCCAUCAUCCACACCGGGGAGAAGCCCUAUGAGUGCAGUGAGUGUGGAAAGGCCUUCACCUACUGCUACACUUUCAUCUUGCACAAAAGGGCCCACAUUGGAGAAAAACCUUUUGAGUGCAAACAAUGUGGGAAAGCCUUUAGCACUAGGAAGGACCUCAUCCGACACGUCAGCAUUCACGCCGGGGAGAAGCCCUUCGAGUGCUCUGAGUGCGGGAAGGCCUUCAACCGCCGCUCAGGGCUCACGAGGCACCAGCGGAUUCACAGUGGAGAGAAGCCCUAUGAAUGUGUCGAGUGUGGGAAAACCUUCUGCUGGAGCACAAGCCUCAUCCGACACUCCGUCAUCCACACCGGGGAGAAGCCCUAUGAAUGCAGCGAGUGUGGAAAGGCCUUCAGUCGCAGCUCCUCCCUCACUCAGCAUCAGAGGAUUCAUACUGGGAGACACCCUGUCAGUGGCAGCGCAGCAGAAGUGGGGAGACCCUUCGCGAGCGGGCAGUCCUCGGUCACCCUCUAAGCGCUCCACAGGGGAAAGACUUUUGAAUGUAGCCACUGAGGAAACCUCUUAGUCAGAAUCCGAUCGUUCAUACCAAAGAGAAACCCUUCUGUUGGAGGAUAUCGGUUGUCAUCUGAGGAGUCAUACUGGAAGUGCACCCAGCCUAGAGCCUUAUUCUACAUCUGAGAACUCCUCCAAGAGCAUGAUCCAGUCAUUCUCGUGCACUUAGCAUGACCAUUGGCCCCAUCUGCUCAGUUUACGCUGCAAAAUUAUCUCAGGGAUAUUUAAACAAAGGAGGAGGAGAUACAAGAGAAACACACGCACAGUUUCUUUCAUAUUUCUGUGACAAGCCUAUGGCAGUUUCUUGUUCCUUAUCUUAUUUGGGGGGGGGGCAGUGUUUCAGAGAUCAGAGAGCCUUGUCCCCUUUGCCUUGUAUAUACCUUCACUGCUGUCCAUUGUCGGGACAGUUGGGACAGUUGAGGGUGUGUGGAAAACCUUUAUUUUUUUUAUGUUUAUGUUUAUGAUUUUUCACACUCACAGAUGGCUUUAUUCAGCCGUCGCCCAUAGGACAAGGUGCCUCCCAGACCCCACAGUCCCUUGAAAACCUUUAUCGAAGGCCUUUGUUCUACAGCAUCAUCCCUACCUUUGAGUAGCGUAAGUCUUAACAAGAAAUAUGAAAACUUGAGUUAUGAAAGACUCAUAUUUCAGGAGAUAAAAAUGUACAUAUGAAUGGGCCCACUGUAGCACAUUCUUAAGACUUUGAUUUUUUAAAAAGCAAAAAAUUUUUUUCAGGUGUACUUAACCAUCCGUUUAUACGUGCUCUUGAUCUACUUGUCUGUUGUUUUUUUGUAUUUUUCUGUACGACGAGGAUGGCAGUGUAGCUGCGUUACCUUCUCAGAUGAAUCCUCUGAUUGUGGUUCCUGAGCUUCUCCCAUCCUAUUUAGAGAGGCUUCUCCCGAGUCCACCUCACUUGUUUUCUAUGGGUCGAAUUAGAGCCAAAACAAAAGAAAACACAUAGCUAAAUUAAGCUAAAAAAAUAAAGAGCAACUCCAAAAAGCAGAGAGAAAGAAUCCCAUUUUUAAUCCUACGAAAGGUGGGUGAGGAUUCACUGUUGAGGAAAUUGACUAGAAUAUUAGCAGAUGAAAUGGGCAUGUGCACAUGCAGGGGUGUGUGAGUUUCACUGUUGUUUCCAUGGCCUUGGUUUCCAGUGUAGUAAGUAACAGUACCUUUAUCAGCGUCUUUUGGAAUUCCUUCUUUGUUUUUUUGUGGGUUUUUUUUGUUUUGUUUUGCUUUGCUUUGCUUUGACCUACCUGUGAUAGUAUUACCUCACAUUAAGAAAUAUGCUGUACAGAAAGAUGUAAAAAUAAUCACGCAUUCACUUUGAACCCUCCUCAGGGCCUCCUAAAUCACCACAGGUGUACUUUUGUAUUGCCGUCAUAGACCAAGCCAUUUUUGUUACAUUGAUUCAUGGCAUUAUUGUGAAGGCACCUCUUAAUCCUUUUCGGGUCAUGUCUAAGAAGUCUUAAGGAAGCUCUCUGUCCUGAAUACUUUCUCCUGUGUUUUCUCCUAAAAGUUUUGUCGUUUUUGCAUAUAAAUCUCUGAUCCAUGUCAAGUUCAUUUUUGUAUUAUCAUGUGAGGUUUAGGUUGAGUUUCUUUCUUGUAUUUUUGCUUAAGGAUGUUCAGUUGACUGGCACCGUUGGUUGAAAACUAGACUACAGUACUAUGCCUCCACUGAAUUAUGUUUAUUCCUUGAUCAAAAACCUGUUGGGCAUAUUUAUGUUGGUCUAUUUCUGAGUCUCUGUGUUAUCCCACUGAUUUGUACAUCUAAACCUCUGCCAGUACCAAACUAUCUUGAUUACUGCAGCUUUUAGUAAAUCUUAAAAUUGGGUGAAGUGAUUUCUCCUUUAUUCUUUUUUAAAAUUGAUUUAGCUUUCCAUAUCAAAUUUUUUCCCUUGGCUUUCUGUAAACACUUUAUCAUGUGCUUGUCUGUAUGUAGGAAACAUCUUGCUGGGAAUUUGAUAGAUACUACAUUAGUCUAUGGAUCAUUUCUGUGAGAUUUGGCAUCUUUAUUAUUUUGACUCUCACACCAUGAACAUGGUAUAUCUCUUCAUUUAUUUAGAUCUUUUUUGGUUUAUUUCACUAGCGUUUUGUAAUUUUCCACUUGUAAAUACUGAACAAAUUUUGUUAGAUUUUUACUUUGGCACUUUUUUUGGAGUCACUGUAUAUUAUAUGGAGGUUUUAAUUCCAGUUUGUACAUGAUCAUUACUGUUGCAGAGAAAUAUGAUUAAUUUUGAUAUGUUGACCUUGCCUCCUGCGACCUUGCUGAAUACUUAUUCUAGCAGAAUUUUGUGUAGAUUCCUCAGGAUUUUCUUCAUAAACAAUAAUGUUAUCAGCAAAUUGCAAAUAUCUUUUGUCUUCUUCCCAAUCUGUAUCCCUUUCAUUUCCUUUUCUGUCUUUAUUGUACUAGCUAGAACUUGCAGUACAAUGUCAAAUAAAAGGGUGAAAGAGGACAUACUUGCCUAGUUUGUAAUGUUAAGAAGAAAGCAUUCAGUGUUGAUUAUUAAAUAUGAUGGCUGUGGGUUUUUUGUUGUUUUACUUUUUAAAAAAUUUUAAUUCCAGUGCAGUUAACAAACAGCAUUAUAUUGGGGCACCUGGGUGGCUAGGUCAGUUGAGCGUCCAACUUCACCUCAGGUCAUGAUCUCAUGGCUUGUAAGUUCAAGCCCCACGUUGGGCUCUGUGUUGACACCUCAGAGCCUGGAGCCUGCUUUGGAUUCUGCUUCAGAUCCCUCUCUCUGCCCCUAACCCACUCACAUUCUGUCUCUGUCUCUCUCGAAAAUAAAUAAACAUUAAAAAAAAUUAAAAAAAAAACCAAACAGCA